GCAGGCACAAUAAAACCUCCUGCACCGCCGGUUCGGCUUCUCAAAGCAUCUUUAUUAAACCCCUUGUUUUGUGGCGUCAAAACUCGAAAGCACCAUCUCUAUCUAGUCCAAGUGCGCGUUUAUACUACACCAGCAGUAGGCAGACUCAUCGUCUCCUCAGAUCCACGCACCACGCAGCAGCACAACUUGCCACACGACAAUGGCAGCAGCCCCCUCCUGCAGCUCCGACGAGGUUGUGGACCUCGGCAAGGCUGACGACCUCGACGAGGCCACCUCCAGGUUAUUCUUCAGCGACGGCGAUGUCGUUGGUGCCGACUUAUCUUGGCCAGCGGCAGCGGAGAUCUCCUCCACGCUGACCAGCCAGAGCUCGCUCCAAGCCCUGUGCGACAAGCACAAGGUGCCAAGGGAUUACAAGCCGGUCUGCGCCGGCCAUUUGGGGCGGCCAGCAUGCCAGACGCCGCCGCGGGGCUCGAACGCCCUGUGCGUCUACUCCGCCGCGCUCGAGACGGGCCUGCGCCUACUCCCCAUGCAUCGGGGUGGAAGUGCCCAGUGAAGUGGGGCAAGCCGACCAGGGAGGACGCCCGCAAUGUGGAGCUCACAAAUUUGGCAAUCAAGAAGCUGAAGCAGAUAGCAGGCGUUGAUUUCAAGAGCUUCUUAGCCAUCCACGCGCACGAGCUGCCCGUGGGGGCGGCCCAGGUCACGCUGAUGCAAACAAUGGCGAAAGCAGAAGCCGGAGCCGAUGCAGCUGCUGCCGAGAGUGCUACAAGGAAGCGCAAGUCGCCGGCGGUGGCGUCCAGCGAUGGGGACUGCAGCAGCAUGAUGACCACUCUACCACAGCAGCGGAGCUUCAUUGUGUCAACGCCAGCGCCUCCGCGGGGCUCGGGCCUCGAUGAUACAGGAGCUGCUGCUAGCAUCGGCGACAACAGCGGACUCACCCCGCCGCCGCCGCCGCCACCGUCGCCGCCGCAGCACAUAAUGUUUGCUAACGAGGCGGUGCAGUUGUGGGAUACCAUUGCCGAGAGGGAUCAGCUGAAGGAAGCCAAUGCCAACGCCUCCAAUCAGACCGUGAAGCUAAACGAGGAGCUGCGCCUGGCCAGAGCCUGGAUCGCCCACUACCAGAAGCAGCUGCAGUCUGCCGAGGCAAAGCACGCCGCCGACCGCGCCGAUCUCAUCAGCCGCAUCCAUGGCGCCAGUCAUCACAACAACAAACUCAAUGAGAAACACGCCAAGCUCAAGAUGGAGUACAUGGCCGAGCGCACGAAGCUCAUCGGUCACCUCUGCGCGGCCAGUGGUGAAGUCUAGCGGCUCAAGUCUGAGCACGCCGCCGGGAUCGCCCAGCUUAAGGAGGAACACGCGGCCGAGAACGCUGAACUGAAACAGGAACUAGAAGCCGACAACGCCCAGCUCAGAGAGGAACACGCGGCCGAGGUAGCCCAGCACAAGGAGAACUACGCCAUGGGUGUGAGGGACAUGAGGCAACUCGCGCUCCAAAUGUACCCAAACGCCAUCGAUCCCUUGGAGCUGACGGCCGAGCUGCUACUGGAAUUCAACGACGAGCUGGGAUGUUCUCCUGUGAGAGCGGAGGAUUAGUGACUCAUGCGUGGAGCAUUGCGAAUUUGCAAUUUGAGGAUGUUCAUCAAGAGUUCAAGUGGUCUUGUCCCCUUUUUGGUGCUAGGACGAACAAGUAUGAAUUGAUGUGCCUCCUUUCGGUUACUAUUAUUUGUCAAUUGUGAACUUGGUAGUUUUAGCGCUUGGUUAUGAAUGCCAUGUACUCCCGUAUGGCUGUAUGAUAUGGUUGGUGAUAUAUCAAAUCUGCUAUUUUAAUCUAUGUUGCAUGCAUUAUGUCUA